AUGACCUUUAAGCCCUUCCGCCCUCCACUCCCCAGACAAUCACAACCUUCAACGGCAGCUCCCCAAAACGACGAACCUUUGCGCAAACGGAGGAAGGUUGUUAGCGGCAUUGAAGAGGAUAAGGAGAUAGUAAUCAACUCUGGGGAAGAUGAGAUAUACUAUAACGUACUCUGGCGCAAACCUACUGCCAAAAAGAAUAAAACGUGGGAUGGAGAUGGGAUUAUCGUUGUCCGCGGAGGUUACGGCUAUCUACAAGACAUAUCUGGAAAGGAGAUGGGGAAAGCUAUAUUGAAGCUUUCUAGUCUAGAACCCGGAGCCACAUUAUCAAUAGGAGGCAAAGAUGUCGAAGUGGACUCCGUACUUAGCAAGAAAGAAUACCUUUCCAGCCGUCCUUCAAGGAUCGAAACAUCUUCUUUAAAGAGAGCUGGAAAAAACCAGAUUACUACUCCAGUUGUUCCGCUCACAACUGCUCCAAAUGCGCGUUAUACCCUCUCAAAGCCUGGGGCCAAAAUUUCCUUGAAUGAAUUGAAGGAGUCAAAGACACUUAAUGUGUCUGCACCCCACAGUGCUGCCAUGAAUAAUUCUUUUAAGAAUCCUUUGAAAGAGUCUACCGUGCUAAUGCCGAGAUCAAACGGGCAGCUACCUACCCCUAGACAUGACCCUACUCUGCCUGGCUCCGUCGUAAUGCAACGGCCCAAUUCAGUCCCUCUUGGGAAGCAGAUAGUAGAUGUUGUGGUUGAUCCGAUAAUAGGAAGGCAUCUACGAGAACACCAGAGGGAGGGUGUUAAGUUCCUGUAUGAGUGUGUUAUGGGGCUGCGACCUUUCAAUGGCGAAGGGGCCAUCCUGGCUGACGAAAUGGGUCUAGGAAAGACUCUACAGACAAUUGCUUUGAUAUGGACUCUACUUAAGCAGAAUCCUAUAUACGGCUCCCAGCCCGUCAUUAAGAAGGCCCUGAUUGUUUGUCCAGUUACCCUCAUUAACAACUGGAAAAAAGAGUUCAAGAAAUGGCUGGGAAGCGACCGCAUUGGCGUGUUCGUCGCUGACGGCAGCAGAAACCGGUUGUCAGACUUCACUAUGGGAAGAAGCUACAGUGUCAUGAUCAUCGGUUAUGAGAGGCUACGUUCUGUGCAAGAACAGCUUACAAAAGGGCCUGGGAUAGACAUUGUUAUUGCUGACGAGGGCCAUCGGCUGAAAACCGUCCAGAAUAAAAGUGCCCAAGCGAUUCAAUCGCUUAACACUUCGCGCCGUAUCAUUUUGUCUGGAACACCGAUCCAGAACGAAUUGAGCGAAUUCUUUGCCAUGGUAGAUUUCGUCAACCCCGCGCUUCUAGGGACGUUUAAGUCAUUUAUGAGAGAAUUCGAUGGCCCAAUUGUUGCGGCUAGACAGCCAAAUGCACCUAAGAAGGUCGUUGAAAAGGGGAAGGCUAGAAGUGAAGAGUUGGCGGAGUUGACGUCUCCAUUUAUCCUUCGCCGGACAGCUGAUAUCCUUUCAAAACACCUGCCGCCAAAAACAGAAUAUAUCUUGUUCUGCAACCCUACUUCUGCCCAGAGAAAUGUAUACCAACAUGUCCUCGCCUCCCCUCUGUUCCAGUCUGUGUUGAAGAACUCUGAAAGUGCGUUGCAACUUAUCACUAUUCUGAAGAAAGUAUGCAAUAGCCCUUCCCUGCUUAAGCCUAAGCUAGAGGACAAUGGCAAAGCCGAGGACACAUCGAUGAGUGCAUUUAUUUCAUCUUUGCAGCCCAAUAUUCAUCGUUGCCUUGUUGCAGGUUCCAGUGGGAAAAUUAGGGUUCUCGACCAAUUACUCUAUAACCUGCAAAGCAAAACAACAGAAAAAGUGGUCCUGGUGUCCAACUAUACCUCUACCUUGAAUCUGCUGGCGAAUCUCCUUACUUCACUAGACCUCCCAUUCCUGCGUCUGGACGGCUCUACCCCUGCCUCGAAACGUCAAGCUCUCGUAGACGAUUUCAAUCGCUCUCCACCUUCAUCUUGCUUUGCAUUCUUGCUUUCUGCAAAGGCAGGCGGUACAGGGCUGAACCUGAUUGGAGCCAGCAGACUUGUCCUUUUCGAUGUGGACUGGAACCCAGCAACUGAUAUCCAAGCAAUGGCGCGAAUUCAUCGAGAUGGUCAGAAACGACACUGUCACAUCUACCGCCUUCUGCUAAAAGGUGGGAUAGAAGAAAAGAUAUGGCAGCGACAAGUUACCAAGCUUGGUUUGGCAGAUAGUGUUAUGGAUCAAAAAGGCGGGAUAGCUCAUUUUUCACAAGAGGAGUUAAAAGAUCUAUUCCGCCUGGACGAAAAUUCCAAAUGCCAAACUCACGAGUUACUAGGAUGCGAGUGUGGUGGUCGGGGAGAGAUACCUAAACACAUCAAAGAGGAAGAUGAUCCCAGUGCUAGAUCUGGCUCCGUUUCUUCCUCUGGGGAUGAAGAUGAUGAGCUAGAGGAUUCAGACGGCGAGUUCCUGGAUCUUCCUAAGUUGAUGAAAGCGUCUGAACUCAAGAUAUCCGAGGCACCUCGACCUUCAUCCAAACAACAGAGAGCCUAUGAGAAGGCCAAAAAGCGGUUCUUGAUGCAGUACUCCCAUAUUGAUACUGCCUUGUUGAGCACUGGAGACGAAGUUGAUAUGAACGAUGCUACCUGUGAUGCAAAAGCCACUAUUGAAGCUAGUAUUGGGGAUGAAGUUCUAUAUUCACUGCUCAAAGAAGAGGGCAGUGGAGUGGGGUAUCUCUUCAAGAAAAAUGGCUUUGGUAAUGCUCCGUUGCUAGUUGAUUAG